AUGACUAUCGACGAGAAAAACGAGAUUUUUGGCGUUCAAAGCUGUUGUUGCAAAAACGAAGAAACAAAUCAGAAUUCAGCUCAAGUGGUGACGCUAGCGAAAGACACAAAUUAUACCAAAAGAUUACGCUUCAAUUCAGCUCAGUUUGAAGUACUAUCCCCAAAAAAUAGAUACCUUAAUAACCGAAGUAAGUGGUGCACCGACACCAAAUGCUUAUCUCAUUCUGGAGCUUUGGCUAAUUUUCUUCGUCAAUGGUAUCGCCUGAGGAAUAAUGUUUGCGCCCAUUGUGCAACACUAUGUUACGCCGAAGAUGCAAAGUUUACCUUUACAAACCACAUAAUAACAGAAGAAUUUUGUCGGCGGUGUUUAACGAGGGCUCAAACAACUUGGGAUGUAGGUGCAACCUUGAAUAAAAAACAUGAUAGUGCCAUGGUUUUGGCUAUAAAAACGCAAGGAGUUGAUGCAUUGUGCCCAUCACCCAGUAUCUGUAAAAAAACAUUGACUUCUCCAGUUCAUAUGUGCACAUGUUCCAAUAAUUCUUAUUUGAUAGUUAACUUGGAAAAUGCCAAGGAUUUACGUGUUUUCCGGAAUAUUAAAGAAGCCUGA